GCUCUGGGAGAUGUUCUCGGACGGCCAGACGCCAUGGGUAAAUUGGACGAAGAGAACUGAGGUCGCGGAAAAGCUGAAGGCUAUGGCGCAGAAUGCAGAGGAGCCUUUCGAUGCUGCGGCUGAAUUCCCCCAUCAGGUGAAGUACCCGGCAGAGGCCCACGCCGUCCUAUUGUCCUGCAUGAAGGUCCCGGAAGCUGACCGCCCGGCCUUCGCCGAGCUGGCGCAGCAAUUUGAA